CUCGCCUCCCGGCCUCCCUGAUGCCGAGGGAUGGAUAGAGCGGCUGCCCUGCGAGCCGCCGGCAUGCUGGAGAGGAAGGAGCGGAGCGGCGGCGAGGCGGCGGGGCCGCGGGGCUUGCCGGCCGUGCGGACCACGCUGCAGCAGUGCGGGCUGCUGCAGGACCUCAUCGACAUCUCGCUCUCCAACCUGCGCGGGCUCCGCACCAAGUGUGCCGCGUCCAACGACCUCACGCAGCAGGAGAUCCGCACGCUGGAGGUGAAGCUGAUUGACUACAUCCACCGGCAGCGGCAGUGCAAGCUGAGCGUGCCCCUGAGCGACCGCACCGCCGAGCUCAACAGCUACCCCCGCUUCAACGACUGGCUGGACAUCGUCAACGUCAGGAAGGAGGUGGUGCAGAGAAUACCAGAGGAGCUGACCCUGGAUGCCUUACUAGAAAUGAAUGAGUCAAAGGUGAAAGAAACGAUGAAGAGAUGUGGAGCCAGAGAUGAGGAGUGCUCCAGGCUCAAUGGGGCCCUGAGCUGCCUGCGGAAGGUGACGGAGUCAGGAGCGGAGCCGAGGGACGAUGUGCCGCUGGCCCUCCCCGAGCGCCGGGACAGCUCCUGCCCGCAGCCGGACCCCGCGUGCCCGCCGUGCGCCCCGGGCAAGGGCGGCCAGCCGCGCUCCGCGCCCUGCGAGCCCUGUCCCGCGGCAGAGGCGCUGCUGGAGCCGCUGGUGCUGCCCGCGGGCCGGCCCCGCGCCCCGCACAGCAUCACCGUCACCCCCCCGGCCACGCCGCAGCCCAAGCGCCGGCACCGCCUGAAGCCGCCGCGGACGCCGCCGCCCCCCUGCCGCAAGGUGUUCCAGCUGCUGCCCAACUUCCCCGCCCUCACCAGGAGCAAGUCCCACGAGUCUCAGCUGGGCAACAGGAUAGACGAAGUUCCUCCAAUAAAGUUCGAGCUCUCCCAGGGAUCCCCCCAGACGGUACGAAGAGACUUUGGCCUGGCUGUGACUCACAGGUUCUCUACAAAGUCCUGGUUAUCUCAGAUUUGCCAAGUGUGCCAGAAGAGCAUGAUGUUCGGGGUGAAGUGUAAGUACUGCAGAUUAAAAUGUCACAACAAAUGUACUAAAGAGGCACCUGCUUGUAGAAUAUCCUUCCUUCCCAUAACAAAAAUAAGAAGAACAGAGUCUGUCCCAUCUGAUAUCAAUAAUCCAGUAGACAGACCCACAGAACCCCAGUUUGGAACCCUCCCCAAAGCACUAACUAAAAAGGAGCAUCCACCAGCAAUAAACCACCUGGACUCCAGCAGUAAUCCUUCUUCCACAACCUCAUCCACUCCCUCCUCCCCAGCACCUUUCCAGUCUUCCAACCCUCCCAGUGCGACGCCGCCCCCCAACGCGUCCCCCAUGGGCCAGAGGGACGGGCGGUUCAACUUCCCAGCUGCCUACUACCUUCAGCAUAGACAACAGUUUGUCUUCCCAGAAAUUCCCAGUCCUGCACAAACAGCACAGCUUCCAGAAACUGCUGCAGACACUAACGCUGCCCAGCAGCCGGGCACGAGCGGAGGCGCACGGGAAGCACAGGUGGAGGAAGCAGAGGCGGGGAAGUCAGAGCCCGAGGACGAUGAGGAUGAGGUGGAAGAUUUGCCCAACCGGCGGCCGCACCUGCAGGGGAUGAUCUACCGCAAACCCAGCCAGACCAGCGUGUACCUGCAGGAGUGGGACAUCCCCUUCGAGCAGAUCCAGCUGGGGGACCCCAUUGGCCAGGGCCGCUGGGGCAAGGUCUACAAGGGCAAGUGGCACGGGGAGGUGGCCAUCAGGCUGCUGGAGAUCGAUGGCAACAACCAGGAUCACCUGAAGCUCUUCAAGAAGGAGGUGAUGAACUACAGGCAGACCCGGCAUGAGAACGUGGUGCUGUUCAUGGGAGCCUGCAUGAACCCCCCUCACCUGGCAAUCAUUACCAGCUUCUGCAAAGGAAGGACGCUGCACUCCUUUGUGAGAGACCCCAAGAUCUCCCUGGACAUCAACAAAACCAGGCAGAUAGCACAGGAGAUCAUUAAGGGCAUGGGGUAUCUCCACGCAAAGGGGAUUGUACAUAAGGAUCUGAAAUCCAAAAAUGUCUUCUAUGACAAUGGGAAAGUUGUGAUCACCGACUUUGGAUUAUUUGGAAUUUCGGGUGUGGUUCAGGAAGGAAGGAGGGAGAAUGAGCUGAAGCUGCCUCAUGACUGGUUGUGCUACCUGGCCCCUGAGAUUGUCCGUGAGAUGGCCCCAGGGAAAGAUGAAGACAAGCUGCCUUUCUCCAAAGCUGCAGAUAUCUAUGCCUUUGGGACCGUGUGGUACGAGCUGCAGGCACGGGAGUGGCCCUUCAGGAGCCAGCCUGCAGAGGCUCUCAUCUGGCAGAUCGGCAGCGGAGAGGGAGUGAGACAAGUCCUUGCCACUGUCAGCCUGGGCAAAGAGGUCAAUGAAAUCCUCUCAGCCUGCUGGGCCUUUGACCUCAGCGAGAGGCCCAGCUUCACUGUCCUCAUGGAAAUGCUUGAAAAACUGCCAAAACUGAACCGCCGGCUCUCCCACCCAGGGCACUUCUGGAAGUCUGCUGACAUUAACAGUAGCAAAGUUGUCCUGCGUUUUGAAAGAUUGGGCUUGGGAAUCCUGGAGCCGAGUAACCCAAAGCUGUAGGCCGGUGUCAUUGUGACCAUGCUGGCUGCCUGCUCCCACACAGCACCAGAAACCUUCCCUGGCUGCUCCACGCCGAGGCUGAAGGACCAUCAGCCCAGCCCCGGGUCCGCCUGAGCACCAGCAGCUAUUUAACAAUGUUUACAUGAUACUUUUGUGUCAACUAUAUUUUUUUUAAACAUAAUAAACAGUGAAUUAAGUUGAAUACAGCCAUUCUCAAAUGGCACUGAGAAAGAGCUGAGCUGUUCUGGUUCCUCCUUGUGUCCGUGGUCCACAGGAGCCACUCUGCCCUCAGAGCAGUGGAACAGCGACGCGGCUCCUGCAGCUGUGGCCUUGCAGAGUCAGCUCUCUCCUGAAGGAGAGCCCAGCCUGCUGCACUGGCAUUGCCCAGGCCACCCAUUGUUCCAGCAGGGCUGCUCCAGCUCUGGCUCACCCUGAAUUCAGCUACAGCACAACAGAGCUGCUGCAGGCGCAGUGCCUGGCCAUGGGGGCUGGCUCUCAGUGACUCAGGGGCUCUUCUCCACAGAACUCACACUAAAACCUGCUCCUUCUCAUACAAUCCCAGAGGAAUUAAGAAUUGCUGGCCUUAAAAAAUAAACUCAUGACUUGUCACAGCUCUGCACAGGGACUAAAUUCCUCUUUUGGUUCAGACACAAGUUUGAGUGCAGGGAAAGGCAAGAGAAACAGGACAAAGGAAAAGCUGUUCCUAAAUAAUGCAUUAACUAAGGCCUUGAUGCACAGAGCUGCAGUGUCCCUGCACACACACAGAGUGCUGCCACUGCCUACAGUUGGCCACAUUUGAGCUUGCAAGUUCUUUGUUUGAGAAACAUAGGACCAAAGCAGUUGCUUUGAGGAAAAAAACCUUUAAGAAUAACAAAUCUUGUAACCAAGAAGGCAGUAUCUGGGCCUGGAGGUUCUGCCUGACCCCAACACCUCAGACUUGUUUCAGAAGUUAGUUUUAAAAUCGAAACCCACCUCCUCCUCCUCCAGUGCACAGUGUGGAGGUUAUGGAGGUGACAGCCAGUGACCACACUGAGGUGACAGAUGCAUCAUCCCCCUUGGAAAUCAAUGGCAGGCCCCACUACCAGAGGUUCCCCUUUCCCAUCCCUGAGGCUCAGGGGAGCUCCCAGAUCUCUGAGCAGCCAAAGCACCAGCCCUCAGUUUGGCUGCCUUGUGUGAGGAACUAAGUGGCACAAAACCUGAGUCCUGUUGAGCAGAGAGCCUCAGUCCUGUGUGCAAGUCCAUUGUAGCCUCUUACAAGUGUUGACAAAGACUUUUUAAAUGUGUCUCAGAUCAAAAAGAGAAAUGGGUUUGGCAUGGCUGGGCACUGCAGGGCUGUCCUGAUCCCUGACCCCCUCGGGCUCUACAGUUCUCACUGAUGGUGUGUCAGCAGCCUGAAGCAGAAAUUGUUUUCCCCCCAGUGCUGCUUAAUUAAGAGCAGCACAACACAAACCCAAAGCAGGGCAGAAAGGUGCUGCCCCUGGGCAGGAACCCUGCCUUAGGAAGGAAGGGCAGGAGCUGCUGCUGGGUGCAGACUGGCCCUUAGCUCAGUCGGUGUCAAGGGCACCUCAGGGUGCUCCUCACUCAGUUUUUGGGUGCAUAAAGCAGGCCCUGAGAGCUGGGACACCCAGAAUGUUCUGUGUGGGAUCAAUGGCCUAGCUGUGCACGGGCCCUGGCUCCUUGCAGCCCCAGACUGAGCCUUGGUCCCUCCCGUGCAGGGCAGGCCCUGUCUGUGGAGCCCUUUGUGUCAUAGCCUGCCCUUAACAGGGGGAUUGGGAUCCAGCCUGGCCUGGGUGCUGUGUGGGACACCCAUAAAUUGCCCUUGAACACGAAGCUCAUCCUCUGCCCCAGCACAGCCAGAGGAGAGGCUGACAGUGUCUGUGGGGUGGUUUAGUUUUGGUCAGCCUCAGUGAGUGGUUGAGUUUUGGUUAGCCUGUGUGGGUGGUUUUAUUUUGGCCAGCCUCUGUGAGUGGUUUAGUUUUGGUCAGCCCCUGUGGGUGGUUUAGUUUUGGCCAGCCUCAGUGAGUGGCUGAGUUUUGGCCAGCCAGGGGCAUCCAGCCGAGCCCAGCAGAGCUCUGGGCACCGAGCUUGGGGCCAUGGAGCUGCCCCAGCCCCACACACCAAGCUGUCCCUGGGUUGUGUUUGUGUCACACGUCCUACCCCGUGGAGCUGUCAAUGUGACAAUGCUGUGCAAUGCUGCUACAGGAGCCACGUCAGUAGUGAAUGUAAAUGGUCGUUACAUGGUGAACAUGGACACGUUUUCUUUUCAAAUGUGAUGUAAACUUUGUACAGUACAAAUUUUUUUUUAUAUUUUCUAUGAACUGAGUGUCUUCCAGAAUUGCUAUUAAAUUAAUUACAAAUUGUUAGAAUUAACAACAGUUUCUGUAUUAGUUUAUGCAACCAGGAAAAAAAAAAAGAAAAAAAAGAGUGCACUCCAUGCUACUGGAAUUCUGGAUAUGUAGGAAUCUUUUCAGUGAAUAAAUCUUUGGUCUGGAUAAA